AUGACCCCACCGGCUCGCCUGGUGCGUUCCAGCUUGGGUUGUAAUGGUCUUUAUCGCAAUAUAACCUCCUGUUUAACACUAUUUCACGACGUCACUUGCCGACGUCGCCUGGCACUUUGUCAGGGGUGUUGGGUAGCGCUGCUCAGCAUACUUACGGCUGAAACGGGUGACUGGGGGAAGUGCUGUGCAGAAGGGUUGGGAUGGUUGAAGGGUGGUGGUGGAUGCCCAAAUACAGCUAAAGGGACACGGACUGAGCAGGAUGAAGGAGAAGCGUAA